AUGAUUAAAUCUACUUUGCUAUAUCGAGAAGAUGGGUUGCCAUUAUGUACAUCUGUAGACGAUGAUUCUGAUCCAUCAUUGGGAGAACAAAAGAAGAGAAUUAAGAUGUUGUUAUCUAGAAUGACACCACAAUCAGCAACAGAAGCAUCCAUUGAAAGUGGGAAUUAUGAGAUUCAUUAUAUAAAUGCUGCUUCAGUUUUAUAUUUUGUGAUUUGUGAACGUGGAUAUCCAAGAAAUUUGGCAUUUUCUUAUCUAAGUGAUGUUCAGCAAGAAUUUCAACAUUCAUAUUACAAUGAGUAUAUGAAACCAAAUAUUAGACCAUAUGCCUUUGUAAGUUUUGAUAAUUUCUUAAACAAGACAAAGAAAGCAUAUGCUGAUAAAAAAGUCCAAGAUAAUUUAGAUCAAUUGAAUCAAGAAUUAGUUGGUGUUAAACAAAUUAUGUCGAAGAAUAUUGAAGAUUUAUUGUACAGAGGUGAUUCAUUGGAUAAAAUGAGCGAUAUGAGUGCAACAUUAAAGGAAAGUUCUAAAAAAUACAGAAAAUCAGCUCAAAAGAUUAACUUGGAAUUAUUAAUCAGUCAGUAUGCACCAAUUGCCAUGCUUGGGUUUUUAUUCGUCUUCUUGAUUUGGUGGGUAUUUUUAAGGUAG